GUAACAAUAAUUACUUUGUUGUAAACUGCGAGUGGUGAUUUAUCUGAUUGGUAACAUCUUCAAAGGGACCUGUGUUUCUGAAGAGCAAGUUACAUUUUUUGCCUUUCUGCACUGUAUUAACUUCAACGCUUGUUUAUAACUAGCAGAGGUGAAACGUCUGAGAAUGGGACAGAUUGAGUGGGCAAUGUGGGCCAACGAACAGGCUCUCGCUGCUGGACUUAUUCUGCUAACAGGAGGCAUUGUGGGCGUAGCCGGCCAGUUCAGAGGCUGGGAAUUUGCAGCGUAUGGAAUUGCUGCAGGUGCAUUUGUAUGUCUACUUGAGUAUCCAAGGGGAAAGAGGAAGAAUAAGGCAACUGGUACAGAAAGAAUGGGACAGAGGUGCCUCACAAUUUGUGUUAAAGCUUUUGGACCCCUGACAAGGAACUAUUAUGUUCGAGCCUUUCUGCAUGCUGCGCUGGCAGUGCCUGGAGGAUUUAUUUUGGCUACAGUUCUUGGCUGUGUUUGUCUUGGCAUUGCCAGUCUUAUCUAUUUGCUGGCGGCGAUUCGGGGAGAACAGUGGGAGCCUAUUCUGCCUCGACCAGAGAGUAAGUCUCGUCCUGGAGAGAGCAUCAGAGAACCUCCUACUAACCCCCCACCGCGUCCUCCAGCAGAACACCGCAGGAAGCGCCCAGAGAGCUCCAUAGAGGAUGCGGCAUAUGUCAACACCAUACCUGUCUCAGCCAACUCUUUUUAAAAGAGAGCUAUUAGAAGAACAUGGACUGAGGGUUUUUCUGUAAAACCGCUUCUCUACAGUAUGACAAUGUACCAAAACUCAGAGGCGACCAAAUGAACACUUCCUAUUCUGAAUGAAUCUGUUUUUAAUUUUACAAGUUGAAUAAUCUUCUGUUGUGUUUCGUUUGUAGGAGAAUUUAUUUUCAAUCAAGUUCCUGUGUAAUUCAUAUAAUGUAUUUGGAUCCAUCACACAGGCAUUAGUAUUAGAAAUCAGGAAUUAUGUACAGUAUUAGCAGUAUUGAGUAAAACAGGCAGUGCUCGCUUUGUCAAGUAACCCAGAAGGCUACACAGUGGAAGGGAACUGAAACAAGCUGCUUGCUCUAAUGCACUUUACGCUUAUACUAUUUUACUAAACAACAGAUGGUACUGUGUGAAACCAAGUUGCCUGUAUAUUUAUACACAUUUUUGUAAGCAUUUUUAAAAGUAUUUUGUUAUUGAACAUGUACUGCAUUUCAUAAUCUACAUAAACAUUAUUGAUUGCUGUUA